CCAGCCGGAGCAGUCCGCGGCGAUGUUCGUACAAAACAAUUUGGCACCGGAGAUAGAGGCGCGCGGCAUAAUUCCGCUGAUGAUCGUCGCGCCGUUAAAGACACUACCUCCUCUACGACUGCCCCAAAGGCGUUGCCUGCCAUACCCCUGUCAUCGCCGUCCCCUACCGAUGACGUACACAGACCAAGCAAAAGCGAUCUGUGCCCGGAACCGGCGCGUCCCGAAAAGCCGAAAGAAAGCAUGGCUAAGCUUCCGUCUGAGCGGUCCGCCACUCGAGGCUUCGAAAAGCCUGCAGAAAAGCCUGCAGAAGGGGAGGCAGCACCACUGGAAGCUGACGGACCACGGCCAAAAGCAAAGCAGCCGCGAGAAGAGAUGGGCACCGUAGGUGGUCCGGAACAACGUGUGGCGGCCAGACCGGAUUCCGCUGGAAAGAAUGCUAUGGACAAGCGGCACAAUCUUCGAGCUAAACGUCGCAGACUGAAGCAUCUAGAACAGAGGCAAGCAGCUGCGCGCCGAGCCUCACUGCAUUACAAGCCCAAUAUGGCCAUGCUUCCCGUUCAGAAUGACACGAUGUUUCUGGCGGGGCUGACAGCAGGAGCCAACGAACCUAAGAGAAAAAGCGUCGGGCAAGAGGGCUCCUCAUCCUCAACAAAGUCGUCCAAGUCUGUGGAGUCUGACGCAAAGUUGGCUUCCUCUGAAAACGCUCCAGUCAAAAACGUAGAAGAGAAGCCGGUCAGUGCACAGAAUUCGGCGAAAACCGGAAAGCGGGCCUCGUUGUCAGUCUCCAGCGUAAGGGCUUUUGGCGAGUCAGCCGCGAUAAAGCGACCUCCUGACAUGCCUGGGGCAAAGCCGGGCGUCCACGAAGAUUCUUGUGCCAACGUGGACGCAGCCGUAGCCGCGAGAGACAUUCCAAAGUCAACAGUGGCAACGGCGGAACAGCUGGGUGCCGGGGUCGACGAUAGACCGCAGGUUCCUUCGGCAGAAGAGGAGCCUAAACGUGACCCGAUUCCGGAGGCUAAGCGAGAAAAGAAAAGCAAGCCAAAGACUCGGAGAAAGGGACACAAGCGCCACUACAAGAAAGAGGCAGAUUAAGAAACACCCCCGUUGGCCCUCCCCUCCCCGGCCUUGUCUGUCUGUGAAGGAAAGCGCAAAAGAAUCGCCCCAACAAGUGAUGGUAAACUGAGGGACUCUUUCCUGAGUGCUCCGCUUCACAGAAGAAACGGGGACGGGAUCGUCCAGUAAGAGUGUGUGUCAGGGAAAUUCAUUUUAGCUCCUCUUGCACGCGAGAAUACAAGCCACUGCAACACUGACAAAACGUUCCCGUAUUCAGUUUCUUUCUCUGCGCGAGUGCUCGUUUAAUGAAACGAGAAGUGAGCCAGAUGUGCAACUACGUUGUACUCGUUGCACAAUUUAGUUUUCAUUCACAGUGUCGAAAGGUAUUUGGGUUCGUCCUUCAACAAAGUUUGACCAGGGGGCUUUCUAUGCAUAUAAGUUGCCUUAUCAUUAUAGGUUACUUGUGACAUCCUAAUAUUUACCAUGUACGGUGCCCACAAUUUAAUCUUACCUUUUCACACCUUUGGCUAUGGACGCGGAACCAGCAGUAACUUUCAGGUCACCGUUUUACGUAGAGACUGACUUAAAUUUGUGCCGGUGAUAUGUUGUUGUAUAGAAAGUACUUCACGAGGAAGACAACAAAAAUUGAGACGGAAUUCAGUGCACUGUCUAUUUUCAUUGUUUUCCUUUUGAUUGUCGCCCAUUCCCUACAGCCCAUUCGCACCUGAGACGCUCAAAAAGCGCUGACUUGAGUGUCUUGGAUUAUUGAUGACUAUGGAAGAACGAAAGGCCUUCGCUAUCACCGAGAAAGUGUGUCUGAUGCCUGCGAGAUAAAAAUGGCGCCUACAGGGCAUAGUUUUAACAUUUCCUGGCUCUUCUCCCAAACUGGGUUAACAGGUGAAGCGCUGAAGACCGACAUCUAGGUGCCUGGCUUCGCAAACUUGGUGACAAAGCAGAAUCACCAUGAAGUUACGCAGUUUAAGAACUUGUCAGUAAACGUU